AUGGCAAGCACAGAAGAAGUAUCUCAGGAAAGAUCUGAAAACUCAAUACAAGUUUCUAUGACCAAGAAACCAACCUUUUAUGCAAGGAUUGGUAAGAGGAUGUUUACAGGAAAUGAAGAAAAGAACCCAUUUGAUGAAGUCAUAAUAACAGGUCUAGGAAACGCAACAAAAAUUGCAAUAGGUGCAGCAUCAAUAAUGGAGAAGGAAGAUAUAGGACAAAUUGUAAAAGUACAAACAGCUUAUUUUAGCUCAGAUAGGAUUAACAGAAGAAUCCCCAAAAUUACCAUCGUCCUAAAAAAACACCCAGAUUUUGUAGCAAACUAA